CCGGCGAGCGGCGAGGACGCUUCUGACCCCGGCGGGCUGCGCUGGGCGAGGCCGCGCCCGACCCCGGCGGGCAUGGAGGCCCCGGAGGGCAGCGGGGCCGCCGGAGGGCAGCGGGGGCCAAUGACAUCCACGCCCAAAGAGCACCAUCCUCCUCCGGGCCUCCCCGACCGAGUGAGUGGCGACGGCCAGAGGGACCCCGGGGCCUCGCUUUCCGAAGGCCGCCCCUGCGGACCAGCCCUUCUCCGCCUCGGGACGCGGUUCCCCAGAGGGCGCAGGGCCUUAGAACGGUGGAGUUGGAAAGGGACCCUGGGAGGCAUCUGGGCCGAUCCCCUGCAAGGCAGGAAGAGGCGGCUGUCCCGCACGGGGAUCGAACCGGCAGCCUUGGCGUGAGCAGCACCGGCGCUCUAAGCCGUGCAUGAUGGGCGCUGUAGGCCAACCACGCCUGGGAUUCUGCCGCCUUGGUAACGGGUGCAAUUCUUUGAAGGCUCUUCUGGGCGGCAGCAGAUAAAGAUGUCAAACGGGGCAAAAAAGCUGCCGGCUGACUUUCUGGCUUACAUGUAGCAGCUCUCACCGUUAACUCCCAAUUAAUAUCUGAAGAAGUGUGCAUGCACACGAAAGCUUAUACCAAGAACAAACUUAGUCUCUCAAGUGCUACUGGACAUUUUUUUUAUAUAUUUCCCAAUUAAUAUGUAGAUUUACUCCUUUUACUGCCCCCAAUUAAAUAUAGUGGAUGCACCUCACAGUAUGCCAAUUAAAUGAAAGUCUACAAUUUACCACAAUUCUUGUGUGAUUUAGAGGAGGUAGGAGUUGAUCAAACAAUAAAAGUUUUAGUUACAAAAAGAAGUAGUUUGUGAAACAAAAUUGGGUCGUGAGAUGUGUUCUUUCAGGUAGAAGUCAACAUCACUUAAACUAAAUAUAAGGAUAUUGCAGGCUUAAACACACAGUUUUUCUUAAACUUCGGAUGCUAAAAAUCAGUUGUUACACUUCAGGUAGAUGUUCAAGGUUCUUGAAUAGGUGGUAAAAUGCUUAACUCAGUUUCUGCUACUUCCCUCUCGUUUCUUUACUUAGCUGUUAUAGGUAUUACAGUUAAAUACUUUUGACACAGCUGCUGCUGCUGCUGCUUCUUUGGCAAUCUUCUUUAGCCGAGUAAGAUUGUCUUCCAUGAACACGGUUUUAACAGUCAGUCCGUAAGUGACUGUGGAGGCCAAUUCUGGAUCCACACGUCCUUCCACAGCAGGGACAUUGGUUUCCGGACGGGAGUUGGUCACGGUGAGGAUUUGCCAAGCGUGCCUUCCUCUUAGCAUGUUUCUCCCUUGCGUCCUGAGUUCGAGUGUCUUCAAAGUCUAUGACACCUUUGGUCAAGGCUGUUCUCCAACUGGAGUGCUCACUGGCCAGUGUUUCCCAAUUGAAUACCCUGGUUCAUAAGUGAGGGGCACUUUUCCUCAGUUCCCCUCUCUUAGCAAUCCCACUACAGUGGUGCCCCGCAAGACGAAUGCCUCGCAAGACGGAAAAACCGCUAGACGAAAGGGUUUUCCGUUUUGGAGUUGCUUCGCAGGACGAAUUCCCCUAUGGGCUUGCUUCGCAAGACGAAAAUGUCUUGCGAGUCUUGAGAUUUUUUUUUCGCUUUUCCCCCCCUUUAUCUAAUCUGCUAAGCCUUUAAUAGCCUUUAAUAGCCUUUUAGCAGCUAAUCCCCUAAGCCUUUAAGCCUUUAAUAGCCGUUAAACCGCUAAUAGCGCUAAUCCGUUAAGCCGCUAAUAGGGUUGCUUCGCAAGACGAAAAAACCGCUAGACGAAGACUCUCGCGGAACGGAUUAAUUUCGUCUUGCGAGGCACCACUGUACUGAGGUAUUUUCAAAUAGUACAACAGACCCAGGGGAUCCCCUCCCCCUUGUUACUGGCUUAGGGGUCUUCUUUGCCAAGAAGAGAGCAAUGUUCCCUGCGCUCCUUCCGGGGCUAGAAAGGGCUUUGUUUAGCCUCCCGUUUGCUAGUAAAUCGGAAGUAGUGUGUCCCAAAACGAGGCAUCUCUGACAAGUGGGUCAUCAAGAUGAAAAGUCUGGAAAGCUCUGGCCUAGAAGAUCUCUCCCUCCCGCCUGGAAGGAGACCCCGCUUCGUCUGUCUUCCCCCAUCUUCUUCUCCCUCUCCUGGCUCAGACUCAGCCCUCCAGUUAGUUCCUGUCAGAAGACCUUCCCCAGACCCUCCACCCGCUCUUCCUAGCCAAGCUGCGAGGCUCCUUCCUCUGGCUAGAGAGUCUCCUCCGAGCGGAUGUGCCACUUGGAUCAGAGCCAGUUCUCCCUCAGUCAAAUCCUCUCCUCAUCCCUUUCUCCCAUCUCAACCAAGCCCUAUUUCUCAGCCUGAACCUUGUCUGACCCCUCAAAGCCAACCCUAACUCUCCCCCAGAAGCAGCCCUGUUUAUUUUCCCUCCAAAAGGGCUGGCUCCACCCCCUUCUGGCUGGCUGGCUGGGUAGCCAAUCAGAGAGAGGCUUCAGCCCUCUGUUGGAAUUUCUGAGCCUGGCGCUGCUGUCUGUCACACACAACAGCCAGAACCAUCCCUUCAGUUUUCAAAAUGCAAACUAGAUUUACCGUAGGUCAUUUGAGCACUAGGAUUCUUUAGCACUGCUGAGGCAUUGCUCAUCCAUAACCAGCUGGAAGUAGAAUUACAGUUAUGCUUCCACACAAAAUCUAUAAUAAAAUCCAUAGAACACCACUGGCAAGAUAACAUAAGCCCCAUUUAGGUUUAAACCAAUCCUGAUUUAAAAUAAAUGGCAAUAUAUAAGGCACUACACAUUGCACAUUUCACCUGAAGUUGUGUAGUUGGCUUCCUGGGCAACUUGCUGGCUUCCAAAAACGAGUAAACAUUGCUACUAAAAGCGUGUCUAAGCAAGUAUCUGAAGUUCCUAAAAGGUACAGCAUCACCUGAUGUUUCAUGGGGGGGGUGUACUUACCUUCUGUCGCUUGCAGAUUUUAACCACAUGAAGCAUCUUUGGGAUAAGACCUUCCUUUGUCUCUACAAGGCAAGGCAAGUUGAGGAAACCACUGCCAUAAAAGUUUAAACUCGGGGCUAAGAGUCCCAGAACCAUAAAACUGCAUAGCUUGGGCAAAAUAUUUACAUGUGUGCUUAAAACCACAGAGGGCAAACAACAAGCUACAAUCUUAAACCCGGGGGGGGGGGGUGUCUCAUAAUUGCACAGAUAAUCUAAACUGACUGCAUUUACACCCAUCCAUUCAUAGUUUUAUUCCUUAGCCGCCUUUCAGUAGUUAAAACCAUAUGAAAAAACACAUAAUUACAAGCACAAAAAUGUAAUGUAAUAAUAAACAAUAAAACAUCAGAAGCUGCAAAAUCUUAAUUCUUGUUAUAAAUACCCUGUUAGUGAUAACAUGAAUAUGCAAAGAGUUUUUUCCCCCCCACCCCCAUGAAGUAGACAGCAGAUUUUCUCCAAGUGGUGCAUGUAUCCUGCAGCUUAAGUAUGUUAGUUAUGUUUGGGCCACCUUAAGCACUGAGGUAGUCGUCUGUUCCCCAUCCAACUCCAACCUUCAUUUCCCUCUAUAAAUGAUACUGUUCUAAACAUGGAUGGAGAACCCUUGGCCCUCCAGAUCUUCAUGGCCUUCAGUUCCCAGCAGGCCUCAUCAGCAUAGCCAGUGGUGAGACAUGUAGUCCCAGCAACUCUUUGGAGGGCCACAGGUUCCCCAUCCCUGUUCUAGAAUGGGCAGUUCAGCAAGAGGUAGGGAUCACACCUGAUUAUUUAGUUAGGAGGAUUCCCCCAUUACUUAGCAGUUGACAUCUGAGAAGAACCUGAACUUUAUAAAGAACAUUCUUUAUAGGCUUCUAAACACACUGGCAUUUCUACAAAUGGCAGUUCUAGUUGGUUGGUCGCGGUAGGGUGGGGAAAGCCAUCUAUGCAGAAAGUUUUCAUUGUUUAUGCUUACUUUAAUGUGUUUGCUUGUUGUUUUUUCUAGACUGAUUCAGCAACAUCUUUAGAUAGUGACAGCUCAGGAGAAGACUGGCUUAUAAAAGUUUGCUGUCCAAAAGCCCGGCAUCGAUAUCGUAGAUACGCCCAAGGAAAAAAGGUCGAUAUUUUAGUAACCUGACUUUAAUGUAUCUAAGACUUGAGAAGAGGACAGCAAUGUCUAUGAACCUUUGUGACACAACAGUUCUCAGUGUGCAACCUGGAUAAUUGGGCAUUGGGUUGAUUUAGUAAAGAACUACAUAAUUGCUCAAAUUCUGCCUCUAUAUUUAGAUUUUGCUUUUAAAAAUUAGUCAAAUUCAUGUGUCACAUAUACUCAAAAUGCAGUGGGGAUAAACUCAUUCCCUCUUGCUCUAAACUCCUCCUCGAUCCAGUUGACCGGUGCAACUUGGACAUAACAAGUAGUAGUGCUUAUGCAUAUGCAGUUCAAAGCAUAGCAUAUUAAGUACUUUUAAACAACAACACUGAAUAUUUCAAAAUAAAUUUAAUGUGAUACAUGAAAAUGUAGGAGACCCCAUGAAAUUCCCAUGUCAUACGAACAUAAGAUUGCUGGAUCUGGCCAGUCAGAUGUCUGUGGGAAACCUGCAAGCAGCACAUGGGCAUGUGAGCACUUCCCUCUCCUGAGAGCUUUUCUAAAGACUUCCUACUCGUAGAAUUUAGCUCCUGAGUUAAAAGUUUUUUCUAGAUUUGGGUCUUAGCACACAAUGCCCUUACUGCGCCCUUACUAUUCUGUCUCACUGUUUAUUUUAAUAAACUUAUUAACUUAAGGGGCUCUACUUACCCUCUUCUUGCACAUCUGCUUAAUUCGCCUGGACGCUGUGUCAGCUGGGGCUUCCUGUAUCUUGUGAGCAUAAAGUAGUAAGGGCUGUGCCACGUCAGAUGCACACACACAAUAUCUCCAAGCAUAUAGUAUGAUUUUUAAAAAACAGAUAGUCUGAUUUUUUUUUAAGCAUCUGAUUUAAUAAUAAUAAUAAUAAUAAUAAUAAUAAUUUUUUAUUUAUACCCCACCCUCCCCAGCCAAGGCCGGGCUCAGAGCGGCUUACAAGCAAUAAUAAAAACAAGUUGAAUGAUUACAACUUAAAAACAAAAUUAAAAUACAACAUUAAAAUAUUAAAAUAUUAAAAUGUAGCCUCAUCGCAGGAGGAGACGGAAAGGAAAAAAGAAAGAGAGGGAGGGAAUCAAAUUGGCUCCAAGCCAAAGGCCAGACGGAACAACUCUGUCUUACAGGCCCUGCGGAAAGAAAUCAGAUCCUGCAGGGCCCUGGUCUCAUGAGGCAGAGCGUUCCACCAGGCCGGAGCCAGAGUUGAAAAGGCCCUGGCUCUGGUUGAAGCCAAUCUAACUUCCUUAGGGCCUGGGACCACUAGGGUGUUGUUAUUUAUGGACCUUGAGGCUCUCCGUGGGGCAUACCGGGAGAGGCGGUCCCAUAGGUACGAGGGUCCUAGGCCGUGAAGGGCUUUAAAGGUCAAAAGCAACAACUUAAAUCUGACCCUGAACUCUACCGGAAGCUAGUGCAGUUUGAAAAGCACUGGGUUUGAAAUGCUCCCAUGGCAGAGACCCCGUGAGGAGCCUCGCUGCAGCAUUCUGCACCCUCUGGAGUUUCUGGGUCAGCUUCAAGGGCAGCCCCGCGUAGAGCGAAUUACAGUAGUCAAGCCUGGAGAUGACCGUCACAUGGAUCACUGUGGCCAGGUCAGGGUGGGAAAGGUAAGGGACCAACUGCUUGAUGUGGCGAAGGUGGAAAAAUGUCGCCUUGGCUGUUGCUGUAACUUGCGCCUCCAUGGAAAGGGAGGCAUCAAGGAUUACACCCAAACUCUUAACGGAAGGCAAUGGCACUAAUUGGGCCCCCGCAAGAGAAGGGAGUUGGUCCCUCAUCCCCAUGCCAUCCCAACCCAGCCAUAGGACCUCAGUCUUCGAAGGAUUUAGUUUCAAUCGGCUCCCACGAAACCAUCCAGCCACAGCUUCCAAGCAUCUGGUCAGUGUGUUCGGGGCUGAGUCGGUGUGGCCAUCCAUCAGCAGAUAGAGCUGAGUGUCAUCAGCAUAUUGGUGACAGCCCAGCCCAAAGCUCCGGAUAAACUGGGCAAGGGAGCGCAUAAAGAUGUUAAAAAGCAUUGGGGAGAGAAUUGCGCCCUGCGGCACUCCACACACCAAGGAAUGGCGCGACGACAUUUCCCUCCCUAGUGGAAAGACAAUUUUUCUAGUCUGAUUUUUUAAAAAUUCCUACUCCCAACCCUCACUUUAUUUUCCUCAGUGCUUGGUUGUCCUGUGAAGGUGAAAAAUAUUGGCAUUUUUUCCAAGCCAAUUAAAUCAUCUUUUUAAUGACUGAAAUAAACUAAGUUUAUACUCUUGGGGCAACAUGCGGUGAUAUACAGUAUGUCCAUUUGUUCAAUGGAAAUUGGCUUGUGCAACAUGAUUUUCAGUUUCUCUUCUGCAUCUAGCCCCCUUGCAUGCUAGAGGAACGUUUGAGGGGGUUGGGAGGGUGCAGGAGGGAUGAGAGGAAAGAGAAACCCCCUUGUGUGAGCAGACACUUGCAUUACAUUGGCUCUCACCCUUUUUUAAGAAACACACUUGUUUUGAAACUGGGAAAUCCCUUGGAACUUAAAGCUCAUCAGCCUAUUGCUGUGAGACCUUUCCUGCUCACUCUUAAGUCAGAAGGAUGUGACAAUGAGACAUACUCUCAAGUAAGCAUUGCCUUAGAUGGUUUUUUUACUUUAAAUUUAUCCAGCAAAUAUCAUUACAGCCUACAAAGACUGGAUUCUCGCAUUUGGAUAAAGAAGAGGAUUUUAUAGCGCUUACAGAAUGGAUGCCUAUUACACCUUACCAGGUACAGAAGGUCAAAUGUUUUCUUGAAGAAAUGCAAUAAAGCUGAUGCAUUCUGAAUUCCAGACACAACUGAUUCUUAAUUUUUGAUGGAUAUGAUGACGGUAACAGUGCAUCAGUUCAUAAGAGCCUUCUUCUGUUUGCUUUUCCUUUCUUUCACAGUAUUUAAGAUUUGUGUUAUAUAUGUCGCCACAAUGCUUCUAAAAUUUUCAAAAAUGCUAUCCCUUCUUAAAGACAAGCUGUGUCUGACUUGGGAGGGGGAUUUCAGAGAGCACUGUUACUUAGUUUCCUACUGAUCCCAUGAAGCAAUCCUCUGUUUUAUGUUGUGUACCGCCCUGAGAUCUAUGGAUGAUGGGAGGUAUACAAAUUUAAUAAACAACAAUAACAUUAGAGAGACAGAAUGUAGAACAGGAUGUGCCACAAAACUUCAUCUGCCCAGGAAAUAGCAUAUGGAUAUUUAUUGUCUUUGUGCACCUUUGGGUGGAAAAUCAGCCAACACAUUUUACAGUGGUACUUCUGGAUGCGAAAGGGAUCCGUUCUGGAGCUCCGUUCGCAUCCAGAAGCGAACGCAACCCACGGGUCGCGAUUCGCCGCUUCCGUGCAUGCGCGUGACAUCAUUUUGACCGUCUGCGUAUGCGCAAGCAGCGAAACCUUGAAGUAACACACUCCAUUAUUUUUGGGUCGUCGCAGCGCACAACCCGUAAAUACUUAUUCCGAAGCUACUUCAACCCGAGGCAUGACUGUAUAAGUACAGUGGUACCUUGGGUUACAUACACUUCAGGUUACAGAUGCUUCAGGUUACAGACUCCGCUAACCCAGAAAUAGUACCUUGGGUUAAGAACUUUGCUUCAUGAUGAGAACAGAAAUUGCGCGGCAGUAGCGCAGCGGCAGCGGCAGGUGCCAUUAGCUAAAGUGGUAACUCAGGUUAAGAACAGUUUCAUGUUAAGAAUGGACCUCCUGAACGAAUUAAGUACAUAGCCAGAGGUACCACUGUAAACUAAACUGGCAAUUGAAGAUAGAUGACUAGAAGGAGCUGGAUACUGUUAAAAAAUAAUCUAUCUACUAAUUUGUUAAAUAUUCUUUAUCUCCUGUUGUGUGAAGGGAAACAGAUACAAGUUAAACAAAUGAAUUUUCAGAAAUCUGUUGUGGCUAAGGCUGGUGACAGAUGGAUGCUAGUGUUUUUAGAGUUGGUGAUUUGGAAAUGAAUUAUGGUUUGUUGGUUGUUUAUACAUUUAACUUUCAACUCAAAUAGGUUUUACAGGUUUUGUGUUGAUUAAAAAACUUGGAACAUCUGUAUGAAAGUGUUAUAAGUGUGGCAAAUUAAACAUGGGAAGCUGUAAUUCUUUCCACCCACUUUCAGCUCCCUUAAGGACUAUUUAUUUAUAUGUUUAAAAGAUAUACAGUGGUACCUCGGGUUACAGACGCUUCAGGUUACAGACUCCAUUAACCCAGAAAUAGUACCUCGGGUUAAGAACUUUGCUUCAGGAUGAGAACAGAAAUUGCGCAGCGGCAGCGGGAGGCCCCAUUAGCUAAAGUGGUGCUUCAGGUUAAGAACAGUUUCAGGUUAAGAAUGGACCUCCGGAACGAAUUCAGUUCUUAACCCGAGGUACCAUUGUAUUAGCCAUUCUUUGGUUGUAGCUCCCAGAGAAUCUAAAAAAAAAAAAAGCAUAAAAAUUGAGAUGUGGUAAUGCAAUCAUUUACAGUGGUACCUCGGGUUACAAACUUACCGUAUUUUUCGCUCUAUAAGACGCACCAGACCACAAGACGCACCUAGUUUUUGGAGGAGGAAAACAAGAAAAAAAAUAUUCUGAAUCUCAGAAGCCAGAACAGCAAAAGGGAUCGCUGCGCAGUGAAAGCAGCGAUCCCUCUUGCUGUUCUGGCUUCUGGGAUAGCUGUGCAGCCUGCAUUCGCUCCAUAAGAUGCACACACACUUCCCCUUACUUUUUAGGAGGGAAAAAGUGAGUCUUAAAGAGCAAAAAAACCGGUAAUUUGUUCUGGAAGUCCGUUCUUAACCCGAAGCAUUCUUAACCUGAGGCAUGCAUUCCCUACAUAUGUAGGCCUCCCGCGGCCCCAGAAGCAGAUUGCAUUCGUAUCCCGGGGCAAAGUUCACAACCUGGGACAUCUACUUCCGGGUUUGUGGAAUUCGUAACCCGAAGCGUUCGUAAGCAGGACUGUUCGUAACCCGAGGUACCACUGUACAGCUAUUGAAAUCUUAGUGUGAUAGCUACAUAGAAACACUGUUAAACCAGUUUCUUAUGUAUCAUUAAAGAUGUAUUGCAUGUUUGUGCUGUAAUUGGCCUGUUUCAUAGUUUCUCAGAACUAUAGCAGAAGACGAGAAUUUUGGGAAGCACUGUAUGUGUGCAUUGUACUUCUAAGAUACAGCACUUAAUAUUUCCAUAACACUAUGCCAAGUACAUUCUGCUUAGUCACCUUAUCUAAUUUCUGCAUAUCCAUUGCUGUUAUGCCAUGUUCUUUCAGGUAGAAAGAACUUCUAGGGAAUAAAGAAAAACAUCUCAAAGAAUUGAAUAAGUUGGAAUUGAGGACUGAUGUCACAGUCCUAUGACCUAACUUUGGAACACUUAUUGUCUAUUGUAGAGAAGUUCUGUUGUACUAAGUACUGGUUCCCCAUUCCACUCAGUAGCCUACAAGAUACAUAUACUUUUAGAGUGAGUUAUUAGAAAGUUGACGUCUGGCUUGACAAGCUGUGAUCUGAAGCUGUUGAGAGGAGCCAGUAUAUUCUUUAAAGGCCUCUGAAUAUUUUUGUUUGUUAAGACUAGUGGGCUCUUCCCCCCCCCCCUUUUUGCUAAUUCAACAAUCUCAUACUAGGUCUACCCUGGAGUGCCAAGGCAGGAAAGUACAGACUUGGAGUGGCUCAUAAGACUUCGCUGUCCAAGGGCCCAGAUGGAGCAGAUGAGGGCGGAGCGAAAGCAAGUGAGUGACUAGGUGCUUAACGUGGGACUAUAUCCACUACUUUGGCAGUGUACUAUCACAAAAUAUGUAGUGCUAGCAGUGCAAAACAGUUAAAGCAGCAUUUCAUUUUGAUUUAAUUAAGUUUCUUAAAAAAUUGAUAAAUCUAAAACUCCCAUUGUGAGGUCAGCUGAUCUAAACAUAAGUAGCCAAAUUCCUUAGCUAGACCUUGAUUCUUUACAUUUCAAAAGAGCCAAUGGGGGCUAGAGUGAUGGACUAGGACCAGGGAAAGCAGGAUUUGAAUCCCCACUCCGCCCCAAAAAUCACUGGGUGACCGUGGGCCACUCACAGUCUUUCAGUCUAGCCUACCUCACAGAGUCACUGUGAGGAUAAAAUGGAGAGGGGAGGGGAAAGUGUGCGCACCACUUUGAGGUCCUUUGAGAAAAGGUGGGAUAUAAAUAAUCUGGGGAAAUUUUCCUUACCCUGCUCAGAAGGGUGAUCUUCAUAUUUACAAGCAGGCAUAACACAAUGGCUAAUGAACUUCUUUGGAAAAUUUCCAGAUGAAAAGUUGUAUAUAAGUACUUGAGAUAAAUAAGAAAAAUAAUGUACUGAGCUAAGCACUUGUGUCCUGGCUUUGAAUGUUACCUCUGCCAUGCCUGCAUUACAUGGCCUUGGACAAGCUUUUCUCCCUCAGCCUCAGACCCCCAUCGGCCACAGGGAGACAACAGUGAUUGCAAGAAAUUAUAACAUAUUCAAAGUACUGCACAAAUGCUCUUCGUGACCCCAUGGAUCAGAGCAGGCCAGGCACUCCUGUCUUCUACUUCCUCCCACAGUUUGGUCAAACUCAUGUUCGUAGCUUCGAGAACACUGUCCAACCAUCUCGUCCUCUGUCGUCCCCUUCUCCUUGUGCCCUCAAUCUUUCUCAACAUCAGGGUCUUUUCCAGGGAGUCUUCUCUUCUCACGAGGUGGCCAAAGUAUUGGAGUCUCAGCUUCAGGAUCUGUCCUUCCAGUGAGCACUCAGGGCUGAUUUCCUUCAGAAUGGAUAGAUUAGAUCUUCUUGCAGUCCAUGGGACUUGGUUGGCAAGAUGAUGUCUCUACUUUUUAAGAUGGUGUCUAGGUUUGUCAUUGCUUUUCUCCCAAGAAGCAGGCAUCUUUUAAUUUCGUGGCUGCUGUCACCAUCUGCAGUGAUCAUGGAGCUCAAGAAAGUAAAAUCUCUCACUGCCUCAAUUUCUUCCCCUUCUGUUUGCCAGGAGGUGAUGGGACCAGUGGCCAUGAUCUUCGUUUUUUUGAUGUUGAGCUUCAGACCAUAUUUUGCGCUCUCCUCUUUCACCCUCAUUAAAAGGUUCUUUAAUUCCUCCUCACUUUCUGCCAUCAAGGUUGUGUCAUCUGCAUAUCUGAGGUUGUUGAUAUUUCUUCCGGUAAUCUUAAUUCUGGCUUGGGAUUCAUCUAGCCCAGCCUUUUGCAUGAUGAAUUCUGCAUAUAAGUUAAAUAAGCAGGGAGACAAUUUUGAACCAAUUUUGAACCAAUCAGUUGUUCCAUAUACAGUUCUAACUGUAGCUUCUUGUCCCACAUAGAGAUUUCUCAGGAGGCAGAUGAGGUGAUCAGGCACUCCCAUUUCUUUGAGAACUUGCCAUAGUUUGCUUGGCAGGGGGUUGGACUCGAUGGCCCUUGUGGUCUCUUCCAGCUCUAUGAUUCUAUGAUUCUAUGAAAUGCUUUUGUGUAGUCAAUGAAGCAGAAGUAGAUGUCUUUCUGGAAUUCUCUAGCUUUCUCCAUAAUCCAGCGCAUGUUUGCAAUUUGGUCUCUGGUUCCUCUGUCCCUUCGAAAUCCACCUUGCACUUCUGGGAGUUCUUGGUCCACAUACUGCUUAAGCUUGCCUUGUAGAAUUUUAAGCAUUACCUUGCUUGCAUGUGAAAUGAGUGCAAUUGUGCGGUAGUUGGAACAUUCCUUGGCACUGCCCUUCUUUGGGAUUGGGAUGUAGACUGAUCUUCUCUAAUCCUCUGGCCACUUCUGACUUUUCCAAAUUUGCUGGCGUAUUGAGUGUAGCACCUCAACAGCAUCAUCUUUUAAAAUUUUAAAUAGUUCAGCUGGAAUAUCAUCACUUCCACUGGCCUUGUUAUUAGCAGUGCUUUCUAAGGCCCAUUUGACUUCACUCUCCAGGAUGUCUGGCUCAAGGUCAGCAACCACACUACCUGGGGUGUACGAGCCAUCCAUAUCUUUCUGGUAUAAUUCCUCUGUGUAUUCUUGCCACCUCUUCUUGAUGUCUUCUGCUUCUGUUAGGUCCUUACCACUUUUGUCCUUUAUUAUGGUAAUCUUUGUAUGAAAUGUUCCUUUCAUAUCUCCAAUUUUCUUGAACAGAUCUCUGGUUCUUCCCAUUCUGUUGUUUUCCUCUAUUUCUUUGCAUUACUCGUUUAAGAAGGCCUUCUUGUCUCUCCUUGCUAUUUUUUGGAAAUCUGCAUUCAAUUUCCUGUAUCUUUCACUAUCUCCCUCACAUUUUGCUUGCCUUCUCUCCCCCGCUAUUUGUAAGGCCUCGUUGGACAGCCACUUUGCUUUCUUGCAUAUCCUUUUCAUUGGGAUGGUUUUUGUUGCUGCCUCCUUAUAAUGUUGCAAGCCUCCAUCCAUAGUUCUUCAGGCACUCUGUCCACCAAAUUUAAAUCCUUAAACCUGUUUCUCACUUCCACUGUGUAUUCAUAAGGGAUUUGAUUUCGAUUGUAUCUUACCGGCCCAGUGGUUUUUCCUACUUUCUUCAGUUUAAGCUUGAAUUUUGCUAUAAGAAGCUGAUGAUCUGAGCCACAGUCCGCUCCAGGUCUUGUUUUUGCUGACUGUAUAGAGCUUCUCCAUCCUUGGCUGCAGAGAAUAUAAUCAAUCUGAUUUCGAUGCUGCCCAUCUGGUGAUGUCCAUGUGUAGAGUCGUCUCUUGUGUUGUUGGAAGAGAGUGUUUGUGAUGACCAGCUUGUUCUCUUGGCAGAACUCUAUUAGCCUUUGCCCUGCUUCGUUUUGAACUCCAAGGCCAAACUUGCCAGUUGUUCCUUUUAUCUCUUGACUCCCUACUUUAGCAUUCCAAUCCCCUAUAAUGAGAAGAACAUCCUUCUCUGGUGUCAUUUCUAUAAGGUGUUGUAAGUCUUCAUAGAAUUGGCAAUUUCAGUUUCUUCAGCACCAGUGGUUGGUGCAUAAACUUGGAUUACUGUGAUGUUAAAAGGUCUGCCUUGGAUUCGUAUUGAGAUCAUUCUAUCAUUUUUGAGAUUGCAUCCCAGUACAGCUUUCGCCACUCUUGUUGACUAUGAGGGUCACUGUCAGGGAAGAGUUAGAAGUUUCCAGUUUCUCAGAGGGAGAAAGCAUUCCCCAAGGGGGGAAGGAGAGCAGUGAAUCUAAUAGAAGAGAGCAAGAGGAACAACAGGGAGAGACUGGCUGUUCACAGGAAAGGCAAGGGUUAAGUUCUAGCUCAGAUUGGGAGGAGGGGAGAUACAAGCCAGCUCUAGCCAGGAGGGUAGGAAAAAGAGCAGGAAAGCGAAGGGAAGGGUACCUUCGACAUUUUGAGAGGGGCUGGUCACCGAGAAGCAGAGCUCAGAAGGUAUCUGAAAUAAGUGACUCUGAGGAAUAAUAGUUAAGAACCGUUUAUAAGAUUGUUUUGUUAAUACGCAAUAAAAAGUUAUAAAAGAACAAGAAGCGUUUGUGUGGUGAUCUGAAGAGGACAACGACCAGGCCUGACAGUCACUCCAUUUCUUUUAUGGGAUUCUUGCCCACAGUAGUAGAUAUGAUGGUCAUCUGAACUGAAUUCGCCCAUUCCCAUCCAUUUUAGUUCACUGAUGCCCAGGAUGUCAAUAUUUAUUCUUGCCAUCUCAUUUUUGACCACAUCCAACUUACCCAGGUUCAUGGUUCUUACAUUCCAGGUUCCUAUGCAAUAUUUUUCUGUACAGCAUUGGAUUUUCCUUCCGCUUCCAGGCAUAUCUGCAACUGAGCGUCCUUUCAGCUUUGGCCCAGCUGCUUCAUCAGCUCUGAAUCUACUUGUACUUGUCCUCCGCUCUUCCCCAGUAGCAUGUUGGACGCCUUCCAACCUGAGGGGCUCAUCUUCCAGCAUCAAAACUUUUAUAUGCCUGUUGUCUUUGUCCAUGGAGUUUUCUUGGCAGGGAUUCUGGAGUGGCUUGCCGGUUCCUGCUCCAGGUGGAUCACGUUUGGUCAAAACUCCACUAUGACCUGUCCAUCUUGGGUGGCCCUGCACAGCAUAGCUCAUAGCUUCUCUGAGUUAUUCAAUCCCCUUCGCCACGGCAAGGCAGUGAUCCAUGAAGGGGAUCUUAAGACAGUAGUCUUAAGAUUAGCUUUAAGAAAAAUCAAGUCGGUCAGUUGAUUAAGUGCAGGUGAGUCAGUGGUUGCAGAAUGUGGAUGCCAGACCAUUAUAGCCCUGAAAUGGUGGCCAUAUUCUGCUGUGAGCAAGAAGACUAUGGUGGCCCACAUAUGGCCCUGUUUCCAUUUGGAGAGGGGCACUCCGUUUUCUAGAGACCUGGGAAAGGAAUUACAUUUCAUUUAAGUACUGUCUGCACCGAACUGAAAGCAAAAGAUUUCAGGAUGUAGUUUUCCAUCCUUCUCAACUUUCUUUUGGAUGAAUGCUGAGGAUAAUACUGUAUCCUUUGUGUAGGCAACUUUGAAUUUGGGGUUGAUAGAAUAUGGUAUAUUCACUGUGAUUCCUCACUCCACUCUGCUUUCUUGUAAGUCUCUUCCAGCAGUCUCUACACCCUUGAGUAGAUCACCCAGCAAGGCUGGCAGAAGUAUUCAACCUGGAGGGACCAAAGAUUCUGAAAACUGGCUGAAACAUUUUUCCAUUGCGCAGGUACACCUGAGUUUGGCGGCAGUAGUAAGAAAUCAGUACUGGCACUACUCUAAUUAUGCUUUCUCAGCUUUGGAGAGAAGAUGGAAACUCUUGUUAACAGGUUUCUUAGAGAAUGAGGCUGACAAAAUAUAUUAGUACAAGGUACACAAGGACUGACAGCCACUUUGUUGUUGUAAAGUCAUCUGUACUUUGAGUUCCAUAUAGUUUGGGGUUCAGAUGAAGCUCAGUUCCUGUCUGCUCUGCAUGGGGAUUUUUAUACUGCAGUUAUAUUUUAAUUAUUUUUUAAAUGAAACAACUUUUUAAAUGUGACAUCUGUUUGGGUAAAGAAUAUAUGUAUGAAGGACUGCAAAUUAUUUAUUCAUUUAUUACAGUUGUUCAUGUUCUGCAAUAUUUCCAAUAUGGUUUACAAGAAGCUUUAAAACACAUUUUAAAACAGCAACAAAAAAAUAAAAAGACAUCAGGAUCCUUCCCACAGGACGAUUUAAUGACUAGAAUUAUUUUGGGUCUGCUUAGCAAAAGAAAGAUUGUAAGUUUGCCCCUGAAUUUGAUUAAGAAUAGAUGCUUAUCACUAAAUUAUUGACCUUUUGAUUCAGUAGCUAUCUAGUUACAGCUGAAAUAGGACUGAAGUGGAGCACACUACGUAUUGUACACUCUGGGGAAUGUUUUUUUACUUGUGCUAAAACUCAAAAUAUUAAUGUUUUAUUGAUAUGUUUAUUAUACAAUUUUAGGAUGUAUUCUUAAUGUAAAUACUAAUAGUAUUAAAUAUUCUAAAUAUGUAUUCUUUAUAUUCUAAAUUAAUUUAAAAUGUCUUAAAGCAUGUUGGAUUAAUAGCUCCAGCCAGAAAAGUCUGCUUUUCUUCUAACCUUCUGAUCUGUACAAGAAGUAAUAAUGGCAACUUCUUUUAUCACUUUUUGUUUCUCUUUGCACUUUUUAUUCUACUCCAAGAUUAUCUCUAAUUCAAUAUAGCCUCAAAGUUGCACUUACCCAAAUCCCAUUCAUUUUAAAAAGAUGUUUCUGUAGCUUUAUUUCCUGUGUCUUUUUAAAUCAUGGAUCUACUUAUCCUACAGUGCUGUGCUGCUCAUAGAAUUGAUUCUUAAUUACUGCUUUUCAUUCAGCAGUUUUACUUCACAGAUUUUGCUGGUAUUUUAUUAGGCUGUAGUUAAUGAAAGACAGGAUGUUGUUGGUUCCACCCAGGCCCUGCUGGAAAGAGAGAACUGCUUUGUGAGGGUAAGAAACAAAAUACAGUGUCGGUUUACAAUAUGUCUUUCUAACGUUUGAGGAAGACCUACAGAUAUGAAGAAGCCUAGUAGGUCUGGGCAGUACCUGGCUUUCCACAUUGUGAUAUAUCAGCAGCUAAAUACUGUGGUAUGCCGAUAUAUCAUGAUGUCUUGAAUGUGUCUAGCCUGUUUCUUCCUCCCCAUCUUAGGGAUGGAAGAAGCAGCUGAGAUACAUUGCCCAGCCCUACAUGGUGAGUGAGCCCCAAAGCCUCUCCAGUUUGCAUGAGCCCAGGACUUCCUUGAACCGCUCAGCUGAGGGGAGAGCCUUCUGCUCCACAGCUGAGCGAGCGUCUAUGCUUCCCUCCCAGCUGAGCGGUUCAAGGAAGCUCUGUCACGAGCCGGAAAGGUGUCAGCGCUUGCUCAGCUGGGGGGGGGGGGCGAGGCUUCCCCCUGCCCAGAUGAGCAGUUUGAGGGUGGCUCUGAUUCUGCUCCGGCUCAUGCGCAAGCUGGAAGGGCAUUGGAGCUUCCUCAAAGGCGCUUACCUGACUUUGCCCAAGUGGGCAGGCUUUGUCUUUCCUCUUGGGGCGGUUGGUUGCUCUGGGAGGAAAGAUGCAGCCUGCCCUCCCAGGCAAAGGCAGGCAGGCUGCAGUCAAGUGUCUGCCUUCUCCCGAGUGGGUGGACUGCGUCUUUCCUCCUGGAGUGACCAACUGACCCAAGAGGAAAGAUGCAGCCUGCCUGCUUGGGCAAAGGCAAUUUGAACUGCCGAUACAUCGUGGUGGCUGGGGAGUGAACGCCAUACCGGUUUCAGACAGUAAAUUGGAGUAUCGCCCAGCCCUCAUGCUUUCUCCUACAACAAUGGUUGCUGAAAUAUCUUUUGAAUCUGAUACCUUUCACAUUUUUGACUUGGGUCUUGAAAUGUAGUGGCAUUAUAGAUGUGGUAUAUGGAAACUACUGUGGGACAAGCUAGCCAUGAUGUUAAAUGUAUGUAAUGGUUAGCAUGCUUGCAUUUUGUUCCAUAAGCAGCAGCCAUGAGUGGAGAAAACUGUCCUGGGGCUAAGGAGGGUAGUUUUCAUCAGGACCACAUGGUGUGGGGAAAAGAGAUAAAGGCUCCCUCCCCACGUGCCAUGAUUGCCUCUCUCAUGCAUGCUAUUUAAAGAACAAAAUUAGGAAUGUUAAAUGUGUUGGUUAUAGAAAUCCCAUGUGUCUUUUACCCUGUAAGAAAUGGAGUUUACAAAUAAUUUGCUUUUUUAAGACCCAAAUUAUGUGGGUUUUUAAAAACUUUAAACAUCAGUUUUCAUUAGUUUGAACAUGACGAUCUCAUGCAAUAUCAUGCAUGCAAUCUCUCCUUCCACUAGCUAGAAAGAAUUGGAAGUUGCCUUAUUCCAUUUGUGUUAACUUACCCUUGGAUAAAGGGACGCGGGUGGUGCUUUGGUCUAAACCACAGAGUGUAGGGCCUGCCAAUCGGAAGGUCGGCGGUUCAAAUCUCCGUGACAGGGUGAGCUCCCGUUGCUCGGUCCCUGCUCCUGCCCACCUAGCAGUUCCAAAGCACGUCAAAGUGCAAGUAGAUAAAUAGGUACCGCUCCAGCGGGAAGGUAAACGGCGUUUCCGUGCGCUGCUCUGGUUCUCCAGAAGCGGUUUAGUCAUGCUGGCCACAUGACCCAGAAGCUGUACGCCGGCUUCCUCGGCCAAUAAAGCAAGAUGAGCGCUGCAACCCCAGAGUCGUCCAUGACUGGACCUAAUGGUCAGGGGUCCCUUUACCUUUACUUUUACCUUUACCCUUGGAUAUAGCUAUCCCAUGUAUUUCCUUCCCUGCUCUUUUAUUCUUCUUCUGUACCAUUCUACAAUUUCAUCACCUUAAGCUCCUUUUACAAACUCUGCUAUGUUACCUCCACUCUGUGUACUUGGGCCCUGGGACUGUGUCUGACGCCUGUGUCUUGGCCACUCUGCACCAGGUGUUGUUGGUCAUAGUUCAGUUAGGUGAAGAAUGGGGUAUUGUAGGUUUCCAGCUCCUAGAAGUGAGCUGUUGCAAAUGCAUCAGCUGCUGGGCUGUGUACGUCUUCUUGCACCAUGUGUACCUUGGUGUGGAUUUGCCUUGUCUUGGCUCCACUACUCACAUAAGAAUAAUGGAGUUGUUUAGCUCAGUUGGUAAGAGCGUGGUGCUGAUAAUGCCAAGGUUGCAGGUUUGAUCCCCGUAUGGGACAGUUGCAUGUUCCUGCAUUGCAGGGGGUUGGACUAGAUGACCCUUAUGGUCCAUUCCAACUACAAUUGUAUGAUUCUAUAGUCUUUAUGGAAGCCUUUAUAGUCUUGUAUGCUACUUUUGGAAAAUGCCAGUAUGUGUGAUGUAUUUGCCCAUCAAACAUGCCUCACCUUGUUCUUUAAGGAGGUUCUUGGCCAGAGAGUACAUCAGGAUAUCAUAGUGUCAUCAUAUCUUUAGCUGGUCUGGCUUCUUAUUCAGGUCCUUGGCACCUGUGGAGUUCCAGCCAGUUAGUGUGACAAUCCGCUCCAUUCCAGAAUUUCAGGCAUAGUCUAGCCCAUCCUCUCUCAUCCUUCAGUCCCCAGAUGUUGUUGGACUACAACUCCCACCAUCCCUAGCUAUCAGGACCAAUGUUCAACAACAUCUGGGGAUUCAAGGUUGAGAGAGGCUGGGUUAGCUCCUAAACCCACCCUCAUUCUGGUCAGCCCACCUGUGAAAGCCACGCCGUCAAGAUUUUCUUCAAAACUAUAAUAGCAAGAAAUAAAAAUUUUCAAAAAUCAACGAGAUUCUCAUAAAGUAUUCAGGAGUCCUUAAGGCCAAACAGAAUUGUGGCAUGUGGUCUGUAUAUUUUGCAUCUCUCAACUAUGAAAUUAUAGCCUUGCUGUUAAUUAGUUUAUUCCUAUCUGCAAAGCAACCUUUUCUGAAUAUGCACUUUUUCUAGUUAAGAACAUUGUGUUGUAGUACAGCUGCUUUACAUGUUACAAAAGUCCUACAGAUAAGCUGUUUCUAUGUAGCAAACCAUACACAGUAGUAAUCUUCACAUUCAGUUGUCAUAUGAUUGGCUAUGGUUUCAAAGCAGAUAUUGGUACAGCAAAAAAACAAAGUAUGCAAUUUUCAGCGUAAGGGUAUACAAGUGGGCUACACAUUUGAUUAAAAUGCAUGUCUUUUGUGUACAGAUAUUUCAGUGUGUCAAGCACCCCUUGGGUUUCAGUUGAUUAAUGACUUGUCUCUUUCCGAUGUCCUUUAUUUUUGAAUAGUGUCUGGUUUAAAGUAAUUUGUUUUACUGGUUCACAAGAGACCCAGCUUUGUUAACAAUAGUCUCUCUGUCAAUUAGGAAGUAGACAGGUAUUUGAAGCACAAUGAUUUCUUAGCUCUAAGGAGGAGGGAAAUGCUGUACAAGAAGUGGUUUGAGAAUGUUUCAAGCCCGCUACUACAGAAAAUUCAGGACAAAGUUGACAACCAGUCAAGUGAAGAAAUAGAGGAAAGGAAGCGAAAGCAGCUCUCCCUUUAUCUAAACUACUGUAAUAAGAAGGUAUUGAUAAAGAAAAAUGUUUUGUUACUGAAAGCAUUUGGAGGGAUGUUAGCAAAAUUGUAAAGUUUGUUUCCUUUGACUAAGGUUGGGAUCAAAAUUGUCUGCAUAGAAUGAAUAGGCUCACAGAACAUGCCUUGAGCUCUUACAAGUUCAUUGUAGAGAAGUGUAUUUGUAUGAGGAAAAUAUAUUGUUUGUUGUACCAAUUAAGAGUAAAAAGAAUCAAAAUUUCAGGUGCUCUAAUGAGCAACCCCAGUGGUUAAUGUAACCCUCAGAAUGUUUACAUGUAGUCUAGACAAUUGAAUGGCUCAGUAGACUUAGAUUGUGUACUUUUUAUUCAGAAGAGCUUACGAGCAUGGGAGGAUACAGUGUUUAUCUGAAACAUAAAUCUGGACUGUGGUGCCAUCUUUUACACAAAGUACUUCAGCAUUAUCUGGGUUUGAACAGACAAAUUGAGGACUCUUAUUUCAAUUUGUUUAACAAAUAUAGACACCUUUCCUUCUGCACUGAAGACUGAUUUGGUUUUAUUUUGUAAAUCAAUAAUUUUAUUAAAGAUUUUCACAAUACACUAAAAUAACAGCUCCAAAAACAAAAAACAGAACAAGUAGCAUAUGGAGUCCUUUCCUACAGGCAAUUCUCACCCCCCCCAGCUCUUCCUGGGAUCCCUCCUUUUUCAUCCCAGCCUCUCACCCUGGGGGAGAUUUGGUCAUAUAGGAAAGCGCAAGUUAUGGGUGCAGGAGCAUAACAGUACAGAGUAUGGCAGUCAGGCUCCUUAGUGGCUCUCAGUGUUUGCUUUCCCCUUGCCACAUUCCAGAAUGAGUGGGACCCACAUACUGUGGUUUUCCUUUCAGUAGAUAGAUGUGUGUGACUAGCAGAGAGGGGAACAUGGAGGUGGAUGUGUGGCAUGUUCUUUGCUAGUUGUAUAUAUUUCAUCAUUUGCUAACAGAAUUGCCAAGUGUAUUGUUGGUUCAUCAAAUUGGAUAAAUUUUGUUUCUUCAAAUAAUUAAAUGACUUCUUCACAAAGGACUUUGUAUACAGAACUAUGGAAAUAUAGUUGCAUGACAAAGGCAGCAAACUGUAAAAAAUAACUGGAGGGAAGACAAGCCCAUAUUUUUGAGGGAAAUAGUGUGGGAACAUUAAUGCAGAGCAAAGGGAAUUGGAUUGAAAAUUCCAAUUUGCAAAUUCAAUGAAGUAGAUGGAACUGGACAAGUAUACCUUAAAGGAUGAAACAAAAAGCCUAGCCAUGGAGCCAUGAACUGUCAGAUAAAUAUUUGGAAUUGAAACCCAGAUAAUCAGGUUCAGGUUGAUAUUAUGGACUCAUUGCAUAGCUUUGAGCAUUGCUAUUCUCCAUCCUCACUCCCCAUUUGUAAAAUGGGAAUAAUAGUAACCUAUCUCACAGGUUGUUGUGAGUGUGGAAAAGUGCUAUAUAGGCAGGUAUAGAAUUAUUGUUGUUGUCACCCAUCUGUCUUGGGAGACAGUGGAAGAGUGAACCAUUGGGAGAUAAGUCAAACUGUUGGAGAGUUACAGCACCUGCUGUGGCUAUAGAGACUGAUACGGGAGAGACAUGUUUUAUUGCAGGUGGGGCAGAUGAAGGAGUCUGGUUUUGCUGCUACGGGUACAGCAUGGCAUUUCUUCUCUGUGCUCCUCCCAGCAGUCAAUCCUUCUCUGGUCACUGCUGUGGAUACACAACCUGUCUGUCUCUUGGCACUGCAUUCGUCUGCAAGGGAUUCCCUCAUGGCAGAGUUCAUGUUGCCAGCCUUCAUGUCACAUUUACAGACAUCUUUGUAACACAGAGAGGGUCUGACAAUGGGCCUGGUGCCUGAAGCCAGCUCUCCAUAGAGCACGUCCUUGGAGAUCCUGCCAUCUUCUAUUCUGCAUACAUGACCAAGCCAGCAUAAACAUUGUGGAGAUAGAAGUGUGAACAUGCUGGGAAUGUGGGCUUGGGAGAGAACAUUUUUGUUUGAGACAUUGCCCUGCCAUCGGAUGUCCAAAAUCUUCCUGACACAGCCCAUGUGGAAGGCAUUGAGACAUCCCUCCUGGCGGGUGUAAGGUGCCCAUUAUUCACUUCAUAAGCAGCAAGCUGAACACACAAGUCCGGUAGACCUCCAUCUUGGUAUUGGAAGUUAACAUCACAUGGUCCUAAACCCUUUUGGAGAGGCAAGCCAUUGCCAUAGCUACUUUGCCAAUAUGCUUGUCCAGCUCAGCAUCAGUGGAAAGGUUGUUGGUUAUGGUGGAUCCCAGGUAGACAAAACUGCCUACACCUCAUGCGUAUGGUAAUCAAAGCUGAUGUCUAUAGUACUGGCAAUGUCUUGUUUGAAAAAAAUCUUCUCAUCUGCACAUGGCGCCAUGAGCAGCAAUUCCCUUCUCCUGUCUUCUAACUGCCUUCAGGACAACUUGAUUACCAGACUGUCUGAGCAAAAGAACUUCACAAAUUGGGCAGAUAUUCUCUUUGUUUCUUUACGCUAUCUUUGAUAAUGAGUAACAGGAAUUCCAAAGGAAGGAAACAGAAGCUGCUGCCAGUUCAGCUGCACAACUGAUGGCAGGGGAGACUGGAACAGACCUGAGCUCUGGUGUUGUACAAGAGAUCUUAGCAGCUCUCAAGCCAAUUCAGAAAGAUCCAGCUGAGAUUGAGUCUGAUAUGACCGCUCUUAAAAUAGAAGUUUCAGAGAUGCAUAAAAAAUGGAUGAUUUUGAGCAGUGUUUGAACACACACGAGAGGAUUACUGAAAUGUAUCAAAGCAUUUCAGAUAAACAUUCAGAUCCCUACUGGAAUCUCAGCUGCGGAGGAAUAAUUUGAAAGUUAUCAGUCCUCUUCCGAAGGCUCAAGCAAUUGAAUUUAGGGGAAAACUCAGCUUAAAAGGCUUGCUGAAAAUGGAAGGUCUUAAAUGGGCACCAGAAAGAUUACAGAGACAGUGCCUGUCGAAUAUUCAAGGGCAAGGAAUUCCAAAUGGUAGGUGCCACAACAUUAAAGGCCUGAGUCCUACACCAUGUGAAAUGGACUUCCCGAUAAGAUCUUCCUGAUAAGUAACUGCCGGAGGCCCUCACCUGCAGAGUGCAGUUAUCAAUUGGCUAUAUAAAGGGUAUGACAAUUUUUUAGGUACCCUGGUCCCAAGGUGUAUAGGACUUUUAUACACCAAGACUAGUAGCCUGAACUCAGCUCAUAACUAAUUUGCAGGCAGUGCAAUUAUUUCAACAAUAGGGUAACUUGUUGGUGAUAUCCUGUCCUGUGAGCAGUCGAGCCGCUGCAUUUUGCACCAACUGCAGCUUUUGGACUAUCCUCAAGGAUAGCCCCACAUAGAGCGUGUUGCAGUAAUCCAUGGUGUUUGUUUUAAGGAAUGAGGCAGAUAUUUAAAGCAGGGAUGCUUAACUUUGAGAGCACCCCUGUUUCAAUUCUUCCAAGGAGAAUUGAAGUGAGCAUAACCCAUGUCAAACAGCUCCUCAUCAUGGUUCUGCUCACUCCCCAGGACCUCUGCUAGCUGCUACGCUGUCUAUUCUCCCCUCCCCACAGGAAAAAAAAUAAUGUUGGGGAAGGGAUAGUAGUCAGCAAGGUGCCAUGUUCUAUGUGAGCUCAAGGCACACAGGAGAAGCCUGCUGAUGCCCAGUCAAGAGGUCAGGUCAGGAGUUGAAGUCCCCUGCAGGACCUUGGAGAGUUCCCAAGGUCCUACUCUGGUAGCUGUAUGAGUGAGCUGAGUCUCUUGACUAAAGCCUACAGUAGGUUGGCUCUGUCUGCCCAGAGGAGCUGGGUGGCUUAAGUGCCCUUGCAGCCAUUGGCUGAGGUGACAAGGGUAACCAUGAGAGGGUGCUUCUCUGAAUCAGAGAUGGGUGUUAGGGUGGCAUCCUCAGGUCCUUGAGUCCUGAAGAUGGUCCUGGCAGUUCUUCCCCAAAGAUGGGAUCAGAACAUUGUCCUUUUCAGCCAGUGCAGUGCAGGUCUUUGGCUUGUGAGUCAUGGCAAAGAGGUCUGAUGUCUUCUUUCAGGCAAGUGACACUGGCAUUGUCAUUUUCUUGGAAUCAUGGAGCUUGUAGUUCAUUAACUCAAGUGGCGAAAUACACUACCAGUACUUCCUGUCUUCUUCAGAACCUUGUGCUUCCUAUUAACUUACCCGGCUUGCACAUGUCCCCUUAGGAUGUAAGCAGGUAUAGGAGGUGGGGAAUGAGAAGAACAAAGAACAAAUGCUCUCCAAAUUCCUCCUCCUAUAGGUCUUCUCUCCCUGUCCUGCCUUGAACACGCUUGUGACUCCAUGGAAUUUACUUUUUCUUUCUUUUUACUUGUAAUGCAUGUUUGUAUUUGUAACACACAAACCUGAUGCUACUUCCAAUGGUUGCUGGAGGCAAUGUUUUCCACACGGCAUGGUGUCUUUCUGAAGUGGGGGAGGGCCGGGAGACUGGAGGUACCCACAACUCCUCCCACCUAGUUGCUCUUUGCUGGUACUGCUGGUUCUCUCCACGGCGGGACACGUAGCUGCAGAUGUGGGGAGGAAUCAAGAAGAGCCAUUCAUGCUUCUGUUUUAAAUGUGUUGUAAGUUGUUUUAGAUCUUUUUGUAUAACACAUGAUUAACAAGGUUAAUAACUAAAUAACUAACUAAAAAAUAAAAACCCCAUGCAUCUAUUUUCAUUAUUUUAUUUUUAGGAAGACCAAACCCUCAUUUUGCCCACUGUGAAACAUGUUUGAAAUGUUUGCUUUACUGGAAGUUCUUGGGUGCAUAAUGCUGUGGGCAAAAAAGUUUUUUUAAAAAAUGUGUGUGCGCACAGGGAAACGAAACUUGCACAUGUGUCAUGAAGGAACUGAUGUCUGGAACUUCCAGAUAAAUGCACCAAAAACAUGAAAGAAGUUAAAUGGAAAAAAAUGGAUGGUGCGGAAGCAGUAAUCUAGGGGAAGCUGAGAGCAGACAAGAAUAUAGCACAGCUAGAUCUCCUCAAGCGCUGCCCACAAUUGUCAGUGAGAAACAUUGAGAUAGACACAGGCAUAAAAUUCAGAGUUCUCAUAUGUGGGCGAAAGCACACGCAGAAAAAUCAGAUUUGUUCAAUCCACAUGCAUGUUUACACCCUAAUAUGGGCAAAGCUUAAGUCACUGUUCUUUGAAAUAUAAUGCCGUUCUCCUCCUGGCUUUGCUUCUUGCUAAUGAAAAUACCACAAAAUUAGCAACUAACCACGGAGGCCAGUGAGUGGCUGAUCAGUGGUUGGGUUUUGUAGAGAGAGAGAGACUCAAGAGCACAGGAUUAAACAAAAAGACAUAAUCCAAUAUUGAAAACAUGUAUGACGGCACAUUUUCCAAUGUACACAGCUUUCAGUUUUUAAAAAUCAGUUUUCAGAUUUCAUACUCUAUUUAGGGCUGUGUACUACCAUAUAAAAUUACUUGUGGUUGCUUAUCUGUUUGCAUGCUUGUGGGCAGACACAGUUUUGAAGGACAAGAGUCCUUUUCUUUUGGAACACAAAGCAAACAAUUACCUACCCAGCCAUGUUUCACAGAUGAAACGAGAAACAUAGUUAUUAUUACAUGUUGCUGAAGAUGCUAUCCUGUCUGCUGUAUACUGUAUAAUUUAUGCUACAACAGCUUGUUCCCAACAACUUGUUUGGCUAUAAAAGAUAGAAUUAACAAAACUCUGAAUGGCCUUCAGUCUGUUCAUAAUGAGCUUCAGCUACUGCUGUGUGAAAUGCCCUUAGAGUGCACACACUUGUGCACAAACUUCAGCCUUGCACUCAGAUAUUUCUGAAGACCUGGUGCAGGUUGCUGAAGCCUGAAAACUGAGACCAGCCAUUCACACUAACGACAUUUCAACAAAACAUCUGCAAAAAUUGGGUCAGUGAUUUGAUUUAUUGGGGGAUGUAAUGUAGUAGAGAAAAGGGGCUACCCCUUGUAAAUAGGGACAGGUGGAGGUAUAUUUACAAAUGAUUCCUAGGAUUGGGUCCAUAUUUUCUAUUUUUAUGUUGUGAACUGUCCUGUGAUCUUUGGAUGAAGGGUGGUAUACAAAUAAAGUAAAAAAAUUAAAAUAAAAAAUUGUCUAGUAGCACCUUAGAGACCAACUAAGUUUGUUAUGGGUAUAAGCUUCUGUGUGCAUGCACACUUCUUCAGACAGUUUUUUUUAUUUAUUUUGACUAUGUCAGACCAACACGUCUACCUACCUGAAUUUAAAAUAAAUCAAUAUGCACCUUUUAUACAAAGGAAGAGCGUCGCUUACCAUACUGGAAUUGUAAUUUCCUUAUAUUAGCUGUUGCCUUCUGUGCUUUUCUGUUCAUGUAUUUGUUUUGUCCUUUGCUUGUGUCUUCCGUUCCGUUAGGCUUCAUCUGAUCCUGGUUCCCCAGCCUCCCUUUGUGUGCUUCUUCCCCCUUUCCACCCACUUUUUGAGUCUUCUUCCUCUGGCUCAUACUUUCCCUCUUUUCUGCCCCCAUUUCCAUUUUCUCUCCUUUCCGUCUCCCCUUCCACAUCCCCACCAAUCGUCGUUCUCCCCUCCGUCAUGCUUCCUCCCUCAGUCCCACCUCAUUUCUUUCAUUUGCUUCCUCCAGUUCCCCCUUUCCUCCACUCGCCUUCUCUUUUCUUUCAGUCUCCCUUCUUACAGCUGACCUCCUCAGAACUGCCCAGUCCUUCAGCUGCUUUGCAGAAUGUCUCCCCACCUCGUCUUCCUGCUGCUCCUCCAGCUGCUGCUUCUGAGCCGCCUUCUGACGCUUCAGCUUCUGAACUAUCUCUACCUACACAGCAGCCUCCACCUUCAGAACACGAGCCUCUUCGUGACUUCAGCGCUUACCAUUCCCAUAACCCUUUCUUUCUCCCUAUACCUCCACCGAUCCAGUCCUACAGGAGAUAUCAGGCUCGGCACAAGAAUAGUGACACUACAAAAUAUCCUUGAAGACGGAAGACGCUUGGGGUCCCUUCAGUGCCAUGGCCUGCAAAAAGCGCCAGCCACGGUAGACAAGGUUCAGGGACUCACACUUUCUAAUGUUUCUCAUGUGUUCUGUCAAUGCUGCUGAUGAAUUGUGUGGUGAGAUACUCUGUAUUCAGGGUUACCUGCACUAUGGAUAUCAUGAAGUGAAAGAGAGAACCAAGCAGGACAGUUAAGGACAUCAUUUAUCAACUGUCUGAUGCAACACUUUGACUCCAAAAGGUGUGUACUACACAAAGGUGUAUACCAUACAAGAUUGUAAGCUCAAUGGAGCAGGGAUGUAUCCUACAUUUGUUUGCAGGGCUACAAUCCUUGCAAUGAAAUGAAAGCUUAACUUGUGUUUCCAAGCUGUGUAUUGAAGGCCUCACCUGUAUGUGAUAACGCCUGAGCUACCUGGUUUGUGAUGUGGUUUCUCCUGUGAAUGCCAUUGGCAAAAGACUCCUGUGCUGCACUUAAGUGGGGAUGCCAACUUGUUUUUGUUGGAAAGCGUUAGCUCCUCCAUGGAGCUGCAGAUUGCAAGGUUUCUUGUUUUGGAGCAGAUAUACAGGCUUAAAUAUAACAGUAUGGUGUAGUUUUGUCAUGUGUCCCACUCUUUGAUUAAGAAGUUCUUCAAAUUAAAUGUUAUGUUCAGCACAAUUUCUUUUAGCAUACUUAGUACUGACAACUUCAUUUUUUCAGACAAAGUAUUUCUGUGGGGGAAGGACUAUGUCAGAUGGGAAUAUUUUUUUUAAAAAGCCUCUCUCUUGCCUCAUGGACUGUGAUGGCUUAUGAAUGCUCUUCGCAAGAAAUACCUCUGCUCAUAGUCUUUAUUUUACAUAUGUACAGGCAGCACAUUACAAUCAUGCAUCUGAGUCCUCCAGCUCAGAUUCUGGGAGUGGCUUUUGCCAGCUCCUUCUCCAACAGAAAAGGCGGGGAAGUUUCACUUGAUGCCUCUCUUUAACACUCUCCUUUCCCUGGCAGACGGAAUAGGCAUUGUUUCACUGUCUGUGCCAGAACUUCCUGUGCGGUGUUGAGGCUCUGGUUCCACAUCUGUGAGCCGUCCCGCCUCCUGGCUUUCCCCUCUUUCCUCAAUCGCCACUUCCUGCCCCCCUCCCUCUGCCUGUCUGCUCCUCCCCUGCAUUCUCUGGCAAUACCAUGACAUGGACACAUGCUGUUUUCCUCCUGAAAAUACCUCACAACUUAUUUUUACUCUGAAGUUUCUACUUCAUAUAGUGAAGCAAAUAGCACCUUUUGAUAAAAACUUAGAGAAGGAAGCAGUGUGAGGAGAAAGGUUUAUCUCAGGGUGGUCCAACCCACAGCCUGAAGGCCGCAUGAGGCCUUUUUUGGUGGCCCUUGGUAACAUUUGACACCCCACCAGCCCUAAAACGCUUUCCGCCUUUGUGAAGAAGGUGGGAGGACUCUAGGACCCUGCCAGAGCUUCACCCCUUCCCAAAGGCCAGUGCCUCGCUUACCUGACUUUCGGAGGGCUGGCGGAGGGGUUGUCAAAUCCACAUGGGGCCCCACCCAGAUGCUUUUUUUUGGGGGGGGAGAAUUGCUGGUGAUAAGUACACCUUAAAAAAUAUGAGCUUAAUGCUAUAUGUAAUUUGACGUUUAGUGACCACAAAACCUGUUUUUGGUAACAGAGAGCUUAAUGCACAUAAUUUGUAAUUUGGGGACUAUUGUACAAAAAAUGACAACCUUGGUAAUGCUGAAAGAUUAAAAAGUUACUGUUGUGACUUGAUUUAUGAAAUCAAUGGUGCCAUUGAUGCAUUAAGUUGAUGGAGUAAAUGCUAGCUAAAUGUUGAGGUACUGUGAAUAUUCAUCUACGAUACUUUAUCUGAAAGGUAUACUUUAGGGAUUACAUAGAAAAUAUUAGCUACCUGCUAUUAUUGUUGCAGCCAUAGCUUGACUUUCACUUUUUCUUCUUUUACAGGGCAGUGCAUUUUUAGAAAGCUAUAAUACUUCCUCUUAUGAUCCUUUCUUUCUAAAGUGUUCUACAAACACUUGCAAGGUAGGAGAGCCAACAUGCUGAAUUUAUUGCACGUUGACUAAGCACUGAUGAGAAUUGUAUUGGUUUCUUGGCAUCAUGGGCAGAGCCUGUGAAGGGAUGUGUAUGCAUUAACAAUUUUUACAAAUUAAAUAAAUAACACAUUGUGAAUUAUUUGGCAGUUUAGGGAAUUGCCCAGUGGCAAACACACCUUCACCCACUUGACCUUUCCCAUCAGGAUCCUCACAUUUUCUUCCCCACCCUUGGACAUACACAAUUCACAUUUCAUGAAUUCCCCACAGUACUGUGGCUGUGGACUUUCUUUUCUCGGUUCCCAGUGGCUUGAAUUUGGACUUGGGGGUGGGGGGGGGGGAGAAGAAGAGUGGGAAAUGGGAGUAAACUUAACACUUUCACAAGAAACUCCAAAAUCUGAACUUGUUCUCUUAAGCACCAAAUUAUAUAUGCCAUAAACCAAAACUUCUCUUCUGAAAUGGAUGUUUUGAUGGGAUUUAUAAGUGGAUCCCCAGAUCCUCAGAAUGCCCACUCCCAUGUAUGCCAUCAGUUACGAAUACUUAGAUGUGUUUGGAUUUGAGUCUGCUGUUGUAUACACAUGGAUUGGAGCUAUGUACCAAUAUACUGUCUAUUCUAUAUGGUCUUGAAAGACCCACAUUGGCUUCCAGUACGUUUCUGAGCAUAAUUCAAAGUGUUGGUGUUGAGCUUUAAAGCCUUAAAUGGCCUCGGCCCAGUAUAGUUAAUGGAGCAUCUCCACCCCCAUCAUUCUGCCCGGACACUGAGGUCCAGCUCCAAGGGCCUUCUGGCAGUUCCCUCACUGUGAGAAGUGAAGCUACAGGGAAUCAGGCAGAAGGCCUCAGUGGUGGUGCCCUCCCUGUGGGACAUCCAGCAGAUAUCAAGGAGAUGAGUACACAGUCCUGUAUAGGGAAGCUUUUUAAUGCACAAUGUUUUUAUAUAUGUUGGAAGCCACCUGGAGUGGCUGGCGCAACCCAGUAAGAUGGGUGAAGUACAACUACUAUUACUACUACUAAUGCUACUACUACUACUACUAAUAAAAAAACAAGCUGGAAAAAUACUGUGCGCUGUGUAACAUUUAUGUUUGGUUGUUCAUGUGCUGUGAAUGUUAAGACUUCAUAAAUAAUUUUAAAAAGGGAAAGGAAGUAAGAACUUGCCUGUAUUUUUAAUAGGUUUCAGUUCCACCUUUAUACGAUCCCUUGUUAAAGGAGAUACGAGGAAGAUACCUUGAGGCUGGCAUUAUUCAGCAGUGUGACACAGGUAUUUCUAUGCUGCAGUGCUUGGCUAUGGGCUUCUGUGACGCAUUCUGUUUCAAGACUUAAUGCCCAAUGGACUAGUUCCCAUCAGCCUCAGAUAUGUUCUAUUGAUUUUGUAUAAAACAAUAGAAUAAAGGCAACAUGAAUAAACCCACACACCCUGGUCUCUCACAAAUAAUUUUACAUUGUUAAAUCCCAUAAGUAAUAAGGACAGAGAAGCACUUAAAAAGAGAAUUAUCUGAUGUAUCCUCUCCAGAACCCAGCAUGAGCACUGGAUGGCUUCAGACUCUUGGAGGAAGUAUUUAUAAAGGAAAAGAGUGGGAACUUCGCUGCAUCAAACAUAUCUGGCUUGGCUUGGCCUUCAGCCCACCACACAUCAUGGGCUGGCCUUUCCACAGGGGCUAGGCAACUAUACCAAGGGUGGAUAUAAAAGUCAGGAUCUGUUUUCCAUCCUCUGGCUAUGGCCAUUUUGACUCGAGAUACAGGAUGGAGGAACUGAAGGAUGCAGAUAUAAUCACUUAGGUUCAUUCGGUCUUUUCCCAAAGUUUAUGAAGUGGUAAAGUUGGUGGUGCUGUAUAUCUGAGAGGAGUGAAUUUGACCUUAGUUUUGCCUUUCCUUUCUCUCUGAAAGCAGCCAGUCCAGUUUAUGGAAAUAACCUUCAUGCUUUUGACUUCCUACAGGAAAAGUAUUUUCCUCCAAAGAGAUGAAUGAGCUCCAUAAGGCGGAACUGCCACUCCUUCCGUUGAGUCGGCAACUUAUGAAUCCAAUAGAGUGGUUAAAAAUUCCAGCUGGAUACAUAGAAAGUGAGAUUCGUCAAAAGAGCCGGUAAAGUUUGUCACUGCUUUUUAAAGAAAUUCUCUUUAUUCCAUAUUUCGCACAAGAGGGGAAGUAGAGCUGUUUUAUGCACUUACCAUGGAACAUGUGAAUAACAUAGCCAGUGCUUUUAAUUUAAAAGCUUAAAUGUGUGCAUGCUUUCUUUUCCGUUGAAGAAGGGGCUGUUGGUUACACCUAAGGCAGGGAUGUCCAACCUGUACUUUGUGAUCUACCAGUAGAUCCCUGGCUGAUCCUGGUAGAUCGCGGGAUCCUUAUCAUGUACAAAAAAUUAUGGGAGAGAAGCUAAAAAACUGUGCAAUCCUCCCCCAAAAAGCUCAACAACUCUGGGCAGUCCACCCACCCCACGCAUGUUCCUCCUCCCUCCCAUGAUAAUGGGUAGAUCACUGCCAGUUUUUUUAUACUGGGAGUAGAUCACAGUCUCUUGGGAGUUGGACAUGCCUGACCUAAGGUGUUUCAUCAUCUGAACUCUCCAUCUUCUAAAUGCUGUCAUAAAUGCAUUCAUCUGUACUGUUUCCCCCCCUGAAACCAUCAUUAACCAGGAAUUGCCUGGCAUUUCCUUGUUUGACCAGUACUCACUCAUUAUCCGUUUGUUUAUAGAUGUGGCUCUUUGAGGAAGUUGACUACCUUUUGAUUUUUAUCUUUAGUCUACUUUCUGAGAGUGGGCAGGUGUUUUGCCUGUUUGUGAGGGUAGGGAGUAUCACCAUUUUUAGUAGCGAUUGCCUUCCACUGCGUGUUUUUCAGUUUUCUCAAUUGAAUUUGCAGACAGCCCUUUGCGCCUCAGUUUUCAAAUGUUUCGGAACUUGAACAGUCUUUCGGAACAGAUUACGUUCAAGAACCGAGGUACCACUGUAGUGGUUUUAUGGAAAUAAUCUAUUUCCAAAGCCAGGACUGCAGAGUCUUCAGGUUUUGGGCAAAUGUUGGCAAAUGUUCUUAUGAACCAGUGGCUCAGUCAUAAUAAAAUCUAUUGGAGAACUCUGCAUCAACAGAAAUCUAGUGUACAGAUCAAGGGAAGUUGUAGUACUGCUCUACUCUGCCUUGGUCAGAGUACACUUGGAGUGCCGUGUCUGGUUCUGGGCUAUUGACAAGCUGGAACAUGUGCCCAAGGUGAUCCAGGGUCUGGAAACCAAGCCUUAUGAGGAAUGGUUGAAGGAGCUCGGUAUGUUUAGCCUGGAAAAGAGGAACCUGAGAGAUAUGGUGGCUGUCUUCAAAUACCCAUGGUAGAUGGAGCCAGCUUGUUUUCUGCUGCUCCGGAGGGUAGGACUCAAACCAAUGGAUUCAAAUAAGAAAGGAGAUUCCAACUAAAAAUUAUGAAGAACUUUCUGAACAUACGGGCUACCUUGGAAGAUGGUGGCCUCUCUUUCACUGGGGUUUUUUAAACAGAGGUUGAACGAUCAUCUGUCAGGGAUUCUUUAGCUGUGAUUUCUGCUUUCCAGGGGGUUGGACUGGAUGACCCAUGGGGGGUUGCCUUCCAACUCCACAAUUCUAUGAUUCUAAGGAUCUGGAAGUGCUUCACGUGACACUCUAUGGCUUGGAAAGUCCCUCUCCCCCUACCCUUGGAGGUGGAUUGCAGUGCUGGUCCCUGAGACUUGGUUACAGCUUGCAUUUGAACCCAUGUUCAAAUUGUGUAAGUUAAACACACACGUGUUUAACUUAUACAGUUUCACAGAAGGUGGCAAGCUUAAAAGCUCCUUUUGCAUAGGGUUUUCCUGGCAUGGAUUAUUAUUUUUAAAAAAAAUUUAAAUUAAUUUUCAUUUAUAAUAAUCCAAUAAAAACCACAUUAAUACAGUACUAAAUUAUAAUACAGUUAAAAAAGCCAAUUAUCCAAUACCAAAUUAAAUAAUUUUGAAUGACUUCCUGUGUUCUGGAUUUCGGGGAAUGAUGUUCUUAUUUCGUCCUGCUCCAAUACUCUUAGAUAGUUCAAAUAUAACAGUUCCGAUCUUGAUCCUUUAUUUUAAUAGCCACUGAUCUGAUGACUUUCAUUCAUAUUUAACUGUUCCAUAUCCAUUAAUUUUGCAAUGGGAGUUUUUAUCCUGUAAAUUUCUGUGUGAAAUGUUUGUUUUACGUUCGUCUUUACUCUUCAUGUUGUAAUCCAUCCUCAGCAUUUCCCUUCACUUUCUGUCAAGGACUGCAAUUCUCACUGUGUCACACACCAUUUUACUUAUCCUUCAAGACAAAGAGAAGUCUGGCAUCUCGCCAUAGCCCCGGGCAGAUAUCCAGAAUUAACUUCUUUGAUCCCUCUCCUAUCCGUUAAUAAGCUGGUAUGUUGCUGAAGCCAUGAUAAGUCAGAACCAAAGCCCUCUUUACCAUUCCGUAGGUCAAUGCCACAAAUCAUUACAAUGUUUUCACACAGUUCAAUUCUUGCAAUUAAUCCGUAAAAAUUAUGAAGUUCUCGUUAAUUCCCUCUUGCAUUUUUUCAAUCCAUUAACAAUUAAUACUUCAGGGGAGGCUUGCUGAAUCAUAAAACAGCAAAUAUAAUGUAUAUAAAGAAAGGGUAAAGGCUCCCCUCCCCCUACAUACCAUGUUACGAUGGUUACCAGUUACGAUGAAAAUCCUUGGCACUCAGUGGCUGAUUCAUUUAGCAGGUUAUCUUGUCCCCUUAGUCCAGAACACACCUGUUACUUAGAUCCAAAUCCAUCCUAAGAAACAGAACCUCUGCUCAUAGUGACUGCGUUGGAGUUUCUGAUAUAUGCGUUACUAUGCACUCAGCGUCCCCUGCCUCCCACAUUCCACCGGAACAAGAGGCAGGUAUCAGACGAUCUGCGAGUGAAAGCUCACACACACACCGUGAAAGCUCACACACACACCCCGGCUUGGGGUGGGGGUGGGGCUUGUAAGGAUAAUUACUCUCAAAUUAUCCUUAAUUAGCUGCAUGAGCGAUCUCCGCUAGCGUGGGAGACAUUUUUCACCAUGGCAGAAAGCAUCGGAAGUGGAAACAAACUUUUUAAGUUCUCUGCCUUCCUUCCUAGGCGGUGGGAGACUCUCGUGAGAUCUCUUCAGUCUUGUGAAAUCUCAUGAGACUUUCAGAAACCAGUAAGCAAGGUAGAUAACUUAAAACUCUAUGCUUUGCUUGAGGGAGUUUAGUCUUGUUUGGUGCACUGACUCUGGAAGGUCAUCCUAGAGGUCAUCUCAAGAGGGCAAUGAAUGGAAUUGGGGGCCUAGUGUGAUCCUUCUUCUCUCCCUUUUUCAUAAUUUAGAGUGAGAGACUUUUAAAAGUGGCAAGGGUAAUUUCCUCUCUCACCCUACUAGUUUAAUCCCCAUUACACCCAUCUAGUAGGUAAAUGUCCUUGUCAAAGUGAUGUUUUUCCAUUGUGAAAGGUUCUUUUUAUUACCAACCUGGCCGCUCUCUUUCUGGAAAAGUGCUUUCUUCCACAAAGAUUCAGUCACCCCAACUACAGCAGAGCACCUUUGACUAUAAAGUACAUAGUCCCAGGUUUCCCAGUUUUUUUUGUAGGGACAACAGAAGUAUGCAGGGCAGGGAUGGGGAAUCUGUGGUUCCCCAGCUGUUGCUGGAUCACAACCCUCUUCAUCCUGAGCAUUGGCCAUGCUGGCUGGAGCUAUUGGGAGUUGGACUCCUAACUGGCCUAGGCAUAUUUCCAUAGCAGGUAGACACACUUGCAAUCUCAUCCUUCGGAAACAGGGGAGGGAUGUGAGAAGAGUAGACCCUCGGCAAGGUGAGUGGUUCCUAUUCUCCUUCUUCUUUUUUGUAGGAAGGCACAUAAGAGAGCUAGGAAAGGUAAAGAACAAGCGAGAACACGAAAGAAGAAAAAUAUCCUAGCCAGUAGGGGCUCACCAACCGGGAAAGCCAGGAGCCCUGAGAGGAACCUGCUCCCCAGUCUGAAGCAUGGACUGGUCUUGGCCUAACCCCACUCCUCCUGCCAGCAUUAUAGCCGUCUGCCUUCUAAGACAAGGGAAGGAGAUGGCCCACUGAAGAUGAUUUUCCUACCACUCCACCCCUAAUAGAAUAGCUGUGUGGUGUUCACCAGUAUAUCUACACGUUAACAAGGUUUUGUUCUCAAUGUCAAUGAAGUGGAAAGGGAAUGUUAAGAGUACUGGUCCGUUUGCCAUUUUACAUUUUAUUCUGAGUGUCACACAGUCUCAACACAGCAGUGUACAUCUGUUGCAGCAGCAGUAAGCAUUAGUGCCUGAUAAUGGUCUAAUUUCAUUCUGUUAAAAGGAGAAAAAUGCGCACAUCUAGAAACCUGACUUCUGUGGAUUUCAAGAGGUAGGGGGACCCGUCCUGGCUUCUGCUGAACGAGAGAUGGCUCUGCCAGGAAACCAGAUUUCACCCGCAUGCCCUGUCUUUUGACAAAUCAAAUACUAACUGGCUCAUCAGUUUGGAAACCAGCAAUAAAAUCUGCUUCCCAAUGAUAUGCCUUUGAAAUGGAUUCCUUAUCUAAGAUGCAAACCAAAAGCAGUGUGGAUUCUGAGCCACAGUUAGCAGGAUAGAGCCCCAGCUAUUGCAUUAGAUUAGACAGAGAUAGCUCAGGAAGAUGCAUGGCAAGCAACAGCAGUGAUAUAUUUAUUCCCCCAAGUUAGGAGUUCUACCCUGUGUACAGCACUUUUUUACUUUUGAGUAUAGCAGUGCCGUACAUAUGAAACAUCCUAGAACAAAUAAAACUGUUUCUGUCUGGCAUAAUGUUCCAGGAACACAUGGAUUAAGUCCUUUACAGAUGUGCACAAACCUGAGCACUAUAGCCGUUACUGAUUCUGGCCACAGCACAAUAACAUAAAGCACAAACCUAUUAACAGUAGGGAAUCCUCCUGCACAGAAGUGGGUUUGAAACAUAGCGAGGGAUAUAUUGCACUCUUAUAUGUAGACAACUAAAUGCACUAUUUAGUUGAAGACAAUACUAUGGUUUCAUCUUUCAUAAAAUCUACCUUCCAAAAAGAGUGGGGCUUGCGUAGAAGAAGAUGCUUUUGGUGUAGAUCAUCCACUUACCUUGCUGCAGUUGGUUCAGUUGAAAAGCAGAGGGGGGCAUUAUACCAAGUAUUAUGCACUGGUAUCUAACAGCUGGUAAUGUUGACCUUGUGUGACCCAAAACCAGGUCCUAAAAGGUUACUGAUUUUGUAAGAAACAGUCAGUCAAGUUAUUAAGGAUGCAGUACUCUUAGACAGUUGUUAGUCCCUUGCAAAAAUGUGAAAGAUACCAUUUACUCAGUCUGAGAUCCAGUUGGCAUGACCAUCGCAGCUGUACAAAAUAGAUAUAUAAAGGAGCAGUAGCAACAGCUGAUAAACAGAUUGAGACAGUCCAGCCAGAACUUGUAUCAUCUACCAGGAGCAAACAUCUGAUAGUUGGACAGACCCAUCACGCCCCUGGUGUAUGAAACCAAUGAAUGAAGAUGGCAGUUUGGAUGAACGCUGUAGAGUGUCUACUAAGGAACUUUGCUCUCUCCAAGAUAUUAUCCUGAAGUGUGUCAAUUGUUGAGAAAUUUUUGCAGAUGCCUUGCAACACACACACAAUUUAGGCAAACUAGUUGAAAUGAUUAAUAGUGGUAUUAUUAAAAUAGUAAUAUUGAAGGCCUUUGUUGCUUUAAAAUUUGUACCAAUUCAUCUGUUUAUUCAUUGCAGAAGUGUGGUGAUUUUGUUAUAUUUCAAGUAUGUAUUGAGUUAGAUGUAGAUACUUGCUCAAGUAAAUGUGAAAUAGCUGUUUGUUUUUAUUCCUGCCCAGGAAAAGUUGUCACAAGCCAGUUUUUGGAAUGUGGGAUCUGACUUUGAAUUGAAUAUAUGCUCUAGGAAAAUCACAUUAAAAUAAAAUAAAAUAAGAUAAGAUAAAAAUGGAAAUAAUUAAACACAGAAAACUUUUAUUCAGGUCAAGUUUGCAAUUCUGUUAAAACUUGUUAAGCAAUAUAGCACCUAAAGGAUACAACUCCACUAACUUUGCACUGAAAGCAGUACUUAAAUAGCAGAGAGAGGAGUCAAAAAUGCAGAGGUCCUGCCUAUUUGUCCAAUGCCUGAAACUGGCAACUUCUGCUGCCAGCCUUUUUGUACUUCUUCUACAAGGUGCAGCUGUGCUACAGGUCUUUUGCACAGGAGAACGAUCCAGUGGGCACUUUUGCCUCUUCGCGUCCAAGAGGACGAUCUGUCUUGCUGAAUAUAUAAUUCCAUUGUAUCCUAUGAGCAGUACCCGUAACAAGUAUGAUUUACAUUUUGUUUAUAUUUUCUUGAAUGUAGUUCCUGUGUUUUUCACAUUCAGAGGUACAAUAAAAUAUGCUUUUUAAAAUCAGUAUGCCUCCAUUUGAAUCUAGACGAAUCAUUUUAAUAAGCUCAUUUUAUUCUCUAUGCCGAUCCAAGGGUGAUGUAACCUUCACUGCCUUGGGCCCAUUGGCGAAGCUUAAAGGUGCACAUUUUACGGGCAUCUUCCAGGAAACCCAAGUAUUUAUUUACAUAAAUAUAUUAAACAAAUCACAUGAAACGUAUUCAUGAUUAUCA